AUGUCUCGUUUGUUCAGGAGCAAAUCGGUUGGCGAGAAAGCUGAAUCCUUUCAUGCAGUGGAAGGAGAAGUCAACCCCACAUCAGACUCGUCCUCCUCGACAUUUGAAUUGUUCACAGAAGAAGAUGCAGACAAAUCGUACCUUGCUAAAUCCAAAUUAGUCGCAGAUGCCAUCCAGGAGAUAGGGUUUGGCAAGUAUCAAAUUGGAUUAUUUUUUGUUGCUGGGUUUGGAUGGUUCAGCGAUAAUGCAUGGCCCGUUGCAACUUCACUUAUACUCCCUCGAAUGAUUGAGGUUAAUGGUGUGCACUCACCCGCAGGAAAAGGACCUUACCUUACACUUGCACAGAACCUUGGCUUGUUGGCUGGCGCAUUGUUCUGGUCUCUAUCAUCAGACAUUAUUGGGCGCCGAUGGGCUUUCAAUUUGACUUUCUUGAUAACCGGUAUAUGGGCAGUAGUUGCUGGUUCUUCCCCAAACUUUGCUGCAACUGGUAUAUUUGUUUCCUUUUGGUCUUUUGGUGUUGGCGGGAACUUACCUGUGGAUUCUGCCAUUUUCCUCGAAGCGUUACCAGCCAGUCACCAAUGGUUGCUCACAGUGAUGUCGGGGUGGUGGGCAUUGGGUCAAAUAGUUGCUAAUUUGAUUUCUUGGGGAUUAAUUGGUAAUUAUUCGUGCACAGAUUUAACAAACUGCCAAAAGGGGGAUAAUUGGGGGUGGCGGUAUUUCUUAUUUGCGCUUGGUGGCUUAACAUUGCUCAUGUUUGCUGCCCGAUUUGCAUUUAGAGUGUUUGAAUCACCAAGAUUCUACUUGGCAAGGGGCCAAGAUGCAAAGGCAGUUGAGACAUUAAACAAAAUUGCAAGAAUAAAUGGGAAAACCAAUACUUUGACAUUGCACGAUUUUGAAGCAAUCGACUUAAAGUACAGCGAGGCUGUAGGUGGCGAUGAAUAUGAGAAUAAGAAUGAGAAUGAGAAUGGAGCUAAAGGUGCAAUGCCAGAGAGCUCUACUAGAAAAAAUAAACUCAUUGAGGAGAAACUCAAGAGAUACAAUCUUUCCCAUGUACGACAAUGUUUUGGUUCCAAGAAAUUGGCAGUCUCAAACUCGCUUAUCAUCUUUACGUGGGGCUUGAUUGGAUUAGCAUUCCCUUUGUAUAACGCCUUUUUGCCCUACUAUUUGGAGACACGCGGUGAUGCAAACAAACCACUAAGCGUUCAUGAUACAUACCGAAACACCUUAAUUGUAUCUGUAUUGGGCAUUCCUGGGGCAAUAAUAGCUGGUUUCUUGGUCGAGCUCCGUAUUGGCAGAAAAGGAACACUUUCAGUAUCCUUGCUACUCACCGGAGUCAUGCUAUUUGCAUCUACGACAGCAAGAACAAGUAAUGCUAAUCUCGGAUGGAACUGUAUGUUUUCAUUUUUUUCGAACAUUGCUUAUGGAGUUCUUUACGCAUAUACACCUGAAUGUUGUUUUGCUCAAAUAAGGGGUACAAUGGUAGGAUUGGCUGCAUCCUUCAAUCGAAUUAUGGGUGUUUUUGCACCCAUCAUUGCAAUUUACGCCGAUUUGACUACUUCGGCUCCUAUUUUUGUUUCAGGGGCAUUGUUUUUAUUGUCCGGUCUUUUAGUCUUGUGUUUUCCCUAUGAGCCUAGAGGAAAAAGCUGUUUAUAG